UUCUGCGUCCCGGGAGCGUGUGAGUGCUAUGCAUCGGCUGAUUUGUAAGCCAGUCCACGGAGCUAAAGGGUUUGGUUUGGGUGUCGGUCAUCAUGUCAAAAGUCAUCCAGAAGAAAAACCACUGGAUCACCAAAGUGAACGAGUGCGCGGUCAGACGAGACGCCCGUGGGGAGCUGAACGUGGAGCUGUGCGGCGGAGCGGAGAACGGAGAGUUUCCAUACAUUGGACAAGUUAGAGAGGAUGCUGUACUUUACCAGAGCGGUAAACUCUACGACAAGGAAUUGCUCCUGGAGGUUGAGGGGCUCUCGGUGGCGGGGCUUCCCCUCUAUGACAUCUUGACAUUGAUGAACAGUUGCAAGGGGCCCAUCAGGUUGAAAACUGUCCGUCAAGGUCACAAGCUGAACAAGGACCUGAAGCACUUCCUGAGCCUGAGGUUUCAAAAGUCUUCCCCAGACCAUGAGCUGCAGCAGACCAUCCGAGCCAAUCUGUAUCGCCAUGCUGUGCCUUGGUCAGCUGCAGACAUGGAGCUGGUGGGUAUUCAUUGUCCUGCUCAAAGACACUUAAGCAGGGCAGAUGCUCACCAACACAGGCUUCUAUGCCAUCUGGCUGAAGAAUGUUCUUUCUCAUCAUUUCUUCAUCAAUACCCUCAUGACCCACUUUCUUUAGCGUCCUGCCCAACUGUUAAAGCUGAAAUCCAUUUUGCAUGUUGA